AUGACAGCAUAUAACGCAGAAGGGCAUUCUGUUGUGGUGGAAGUAAGCCCAGAUAUCCAUAUCUGUGGUUUCUGUAAGCAGCAGUACAAUAAUUUUGAAGUAUUUCUUGCUCACAAGCAAAAUGGCUGUUCCAUACCCACCUCUGACAUAUCAGCCACCACUGCACCACCCACUCUUACUGAUUCCAACACAGAGCUUGUUUUCGAAGAAACCUACCAGACCUGCGUAAUGAGAGGUGUCAAAAAGAUCCUGACCAAAGCACAGAAAACAACCUCUAAAAAAUUAAAGCCGGCCCUGACUUCAAAGAGGCACAGCUGCUGUUUCUCAGGUUGUACAUUUAAGACACAAUAUGGCCAAAAAGAUAUGGAGCGUCAUCUCAAAACCCAUACUGGUGAAAAGCCAUUUGAAUGUGAGCUGUGUCAUAAGCGCUUCAGUCGGCGGGACAAGCUCAAUAUGCACAGUCGCUCUCACACAGGAGAGAAGCCGCACAAGUGUAAACAUUGUCCGUAUGCAGCAGCGGACAGCAGCAGUCUGAAGAAGCACCUCCGUAUUCACUAUGAUGAGCGGCCCUUCAAAUGCCAGAUCUGUCCAUAUGCCAGCCGCAACUCCAGUCAACUCACUGUGCACCUCCGCUCUCACACCGGUGAUGCCCCUUUCCAAUGCCAACAGUGCGAUGCAAAGUUCAAGAUUAACUCAGACUUAAAGAGGCAUAUUCGGAUUCACUCUGGGGAAAAGCCGUACAAGUGUGACUUCUGUGAAUAUCGUUGUGCCAUGAAAGGCAACUUGAAAUCCCACAUUCAGAUCAAACAUGGGACUGACAACUCCUUCCACUGCCCACACUGUGACUUCCAGUGUGCCAAUAAGACUGCCCUGCGACAGCACUCCCGUGAGCACCAACCUACUCAGCCCAUUCAGUGUUCCAAGUGCACUUACUCCUGCUCCAGUAAGGGAGCACUCAAAGUCCAUGAGAGGAUCCAUUCGGAGGAGCGUCCCUUCAAGUGUGACUUUUGCAACUUUGCCUCCAAACAGCGCAGUAACCUUGUCAUACACAAAAAGAAGUGCCACUCAGAUAAACCUGAGAAAGGCAGUGGUAAGAAAGUAGGCAGGCGUGGGGGAAAUGGUGGAGGAGGGGACUCCCCAAAGCCUGUCAGCUCACGGUAUCGAGCCAAACUUGAUGCAACGCGAGCCUUCCGUUGUGACUUAUGUGAUGCCUCCUUUGUGAGGGAGGACUCUCUGCGCAGCCAUAGGAAGCAACACAGAGACACUCAAACUGCAUUGCAGCUUCAGCUCUCCACUCAGCCCAGUGCAGUCAACUUGGGUCCUGCCACACCAAUGCAGAGCAACACUCAGCUGCAGGUUCCUGUCCCCUCUGACCCCCUGGGUCCCUUUACAAGCGCACAGCUCAAAAUCAUUGUGUCACACCCUCUAGGCCAAGAGAACUCUUUGAUGCAAGCUGGCGUGAACAGCCAUCAAAAUAAGGCAAACAUGGUCUUGCUAAGUCCAGAAAACCAAGACAUGGUGGUUAACUCCAUGAUCCAGCAGGUCAACCUCCUGACACCUAUGCAACCCCUCAGCUCCUCCCUGACAGCAGAAGGUAGCCUUCAGACCCAAACAAUGCUUUUGACAGAGCUCAACCAAGAAGAGGACAACAAUCCUCUUCACCAGGCCUUGCUCCAGACAGCAGUUACCUCUCAGGACUCCAGCAACAGCACACAGACCUACAUCACCACAUGCUCCGACCUAGAGGGCCUCAACGCUUUGAUUGAGGAGGGUGGCACUGAGGUCACCGUGGUGACAGAAAGCAACAACCCAGUGGUGGCUGCAGGGAGACCCACUGACAUGCUGUGCAGUCAGUCCGAGGAAGUGUCCAAGCAGGUGGGGACGGUUGCACAUGAGGACAGUGCCUUACCCUGUGGGGACAACAGUAUGCUUGUGCCUAACAUCAGCCUAAGCAGCCAGGGCGUGGUCAUACACAGUCUCCCGCUCAUAGUGUCAAGCCCACCACAGCAAAGUGAAAUAGGCCAGCUCUCUCCUCACACCCUCUACUCAGAUUCAAACACUAUGGAGGGCAUCCCACAAUGA